CUGUUUGUACCUGCUAUACUAGCAGAAGACAUUCUGAGUCGCUUUGUAAGAUGGUGUUUGGUAUCAAUCAAGUGUGUGUUUUACACAUCAGUAUUGAAAUAACAUACUUUUUUUUGAGCAAGGAAGGCAGUGUACACCAAACAAAUAAGACUGGCAGCCCUUGUUAAGAAAAAUACAAAAAGUGGUAACUGUUGCAUAGUUGGUGGAAGAGCUGAAUUGCAGCAGUUGGAGAGAAUAUGGCAACUCCGAUGUUAUGUAAAUGGAUCUGGUAAAGUGGAAACAUCUUUCUUGCUCUGUAACAGGAAGUGAAUCAUGCUAGCCUACUUCACACUUUGCUCAGACUGCCUCGUGUAAAUAACACAGGAAGUUGUCAACCAAAAUGACCCGUUAAAAAAAGGAAAUAGCCCAACCUCUACAUUUCUACGCUGUUGCGAUAACGCAGAAAUUAAUUGUGAAAUUGGUGGAUAAAUGUAUGUAGAAGUGCUUUCGGUGAAAUACUGAAGUUUACUUUGACACCAAAGGUCGGUCAAAAAUCAUGUCUAGCAGAAAGUCAAAAAAAAGAAUUGGCUCAACACGACAGCGCAACCUAGGGCACAAGGCAGAAGAAAGGGAAGCUAAUGAAGAGCUCACUGAGACAAUAACUGAGACACCAGAUGAAGCCAGUAAUGCUGGAAAAACUGGGGUACUUCAAGAGUUGUCCACUGUCCAACACGUGCAACCAUUGUACUCAGGUGAAAUGCCCAAGUGCCAGCUUGAUGUUGUCUCUGAGAACAUAGAGGGUGACCAGCAUGAUCCAGGCAAGACUAGCACAGAAAAACUUGAAACUGGAGCCCCGGCUGAACUUUGUGAGGCAGAGACAAGUACUUCUGGGAAGAUAAGGAGAAUGGGUUCAACUCGAAGAACCAAGCAAGCAUUUAAAGCAGAAGAGAGGAAAGAGGAGGAGGAAAAGGAUAAUAGCAUGCAGAUAAUACAGGAAGAAUUUAAUAUCACAAGAACAGAGGAUCAGUAUUUAAAAGAAGAACCACAUGCACCAGAGUCAGAUCAGGCUCACACACAUUUGCUGGAAUUAGGUGUCAGUGAAGUGAAGGGACUGACAGAGAGGCCUAGGGAUGAGUCUCCAGGUGAAGAACAUAGACUUUUGUCAGAGCUGGAUGUCAAAACAGAGGCCCAGUAUACCCACUCUCCUCCCCAGUCCUUUGAUCAGUGUCCUACACCAGCAGUAAAUCCACCUUUCUGUGUCACAAGCCCCCAAGAAGAGGGGGAAAGUUUACUCAAACAAUCACGCUUCAAUUUGUCUGAGGCCAAGGAGAUCUCUUCUACUGAUACAACACAAGAUACACCUGAAGGACUUGAUGGUCAUUACCAACAGAGAGAAGACCAAAGUCCUGAAGAUGUAAGAGAAAGUGAUGAGCAAAGGAGGACAGAAGAGGUCGUUUUGGAGGUUUCUCAAGAAAAGGAUACAAACUCAGAACUUAAUGUUCAAAGGCCAAAGAAAAGAAUGGGCUCAACCCGGAGAAUUGUCAAAGGAAACAAAAUGAUAGAGGAUAUUGGAAACAGCCAAGAGGAAACGCAUGAGAUGAGAGAGGACACAUUGCUAAAUCCAGAAUUGACUGAAGAGGACACAAAGUUCAGACUAAAGACAGUAGUCAAUGAUAAGUUAGAUAUGGUCUUUACUGUCAAUGAGAGAGGGGCACAGUUAGAAGAAGCAGGCUGUGAGUUUGAGGAACAAGAAAACAAACAUGGGAACCUGAUUCUAGAUGAGAAUACUGAAGGUACACUGAUUGCAAUGGAUGCUGAGGCAUUUCACUCAACAGAGAAUAUAACAGGUGACAGUGGGACAAUGACAAGCACCAGUAGUAGGCAGCUUGUUAUGGAAGGGAACUUGGAUCAUCAUCACAAUGAAAUAGGCCGCAAAGGAGUUACUGAAAUUGCUGAACUGAAUGCCCCUAGAUUGAGAGAGAGACUUGGGUCAACUCAUGAGCCUCUCCAAGGAGAGAAAGAAGUAAAAAGGGAAUACGGAUGUGAUCUCACUGGUAAAGAAAUUGACAGCAAGGAUAUAGAUUUCCAAAUGAUUCCAGGAACAGACAUACUAGCAAUUGUGAAAAGUGGAAAGUUACAAGUAGAGGACAUCGGUACUGAGUCUUUCACAGAUAAACCAACAGUGGGAAGUGUCUGUGAGAGUUUUAGUCCUUUUGAAAAUGAUUUCCUAGCAUCACCUCCUAUGGUAGAUCACAGGGAAGAGAUGGUAGAUAACUCACUGAAUCUGCAAGGAGAGAGUUUUGACUGCACAAAGACAUGCAUGUCAGACAAAGAUGCAGUUGAGAAAGCUGAAUAUUUCACCAAUCAAUCAGAAGUAAGAAUUCCCAGUGACACUUUUAGUUCUUUUGAAGUAGCGGAGCAUUUUAAAGGAGCUUUUGUGAGGGAAGAUGUUGGCCAACUCCAAAAGCAUGACGAGGGAAAGGCAGAAAAUAGUCCAGAGUCACCUGAAGACCAGGAGAGGAAAAAUAGUACAAACAUGGCUGUAUCAGAACAGCCAGAGAUUGAGAAUCAAUUAUCAUCUCCUUCUGAAGAUCCCUGUGACAAUUGUGCUGGCACCUCAGCAGAGGUCAUUGGUGCCAUUGAGAAUACCAAUAUCUUACUCCCUCAGUCAGAAGUUGAGAUUCUAAGUGAGUCCUUUGAUCCUUUAGAACAGAAUCGCUGGUCAUCAUCUACACCAGAUCACAUUCCAGAGAUCGCAGUUGCCUCACUGAAUGUGCAUACAGAGAGUUCUAGCCCCGAGACAUACAGCCCUGCAAUCGAACACUGUGAUGAAGUUGAACAAGGGACACAGGCUCACAUUCUCAGUUCCUCUAUGGAACCAGAAGUUUCAAAUAUUAGUACCGACAUUUCUGAUGCAUUGCACAAUGAACAGACCAAGCAGUCUGUUUCUCAAUCACUUACUAUGGAAAGCACAGAUACAUCGGAAAAAACAGCACAGUAUGACGACUGUGAAUCCACCUUCAAACUUCCAUAUCACACAGAAGAGGCGAAUGUAAAACAGGGUGCCUCGAAACAGAAGAGAAAGAUGGGGUCAACCCGCAGGACAAAGAGAGAACAGAAAAGGGAAGAGACAAGUGAAGUCAUGAGUACAGAUGGAGACUAUGCCAAUGAGGACAUCAAUGUCAAAAUGAACACAGAUGCUGACAUCAAAGUAGAUGCAGAAGAGGGAAUUUUAGAAGCCGGCAUCAUAGAUGCCUUAAAGGAAAAUGAGCCUUCCACCACUCAGACAGACGUUGGGAUCCUCAAGAUGGCUUUGAGCUGUGUUGAACAGGACCGGUAUGUUGACUGCAGCCCGUCAGCUGAAGUGAUGUCAUCAUCUGUCCCACAAUGCAAUCCACUGGAGGAUGGGCAAAAACAAGACAACCAACAUCAGUGCCUUGAUAUUACUGCACAACAAUUAGAUGGUAAUGAUGCCGCAAAUCUAGAGGCUGACAAUGAGAUAUCUAUAUUGGGAAAGGAAACAUCCGAGGGCCUCACAACAAGCGAAGCAGAGCCUUUUAAUGAAGCUUUCAUGAGUAAAGAUGUUGACCAGCUCAAAAAGCAUGAGGAGGAAAAGGCAGAAAAGAGUCUGGAGUCCCUUGGUGACCAGAACAAGGAAGACAGUAUAAGCCUGAGUGCAUCAGAACAGGCAGUAGCUGUGAAUCGGUUAUCAUCUCCUACAGAAGUUCACAGUCCAGAUUGUGCAGCUAUCACAGUUGAGGAUGUACGUGCCAGUGAGAAAACAGAGUCUUUCUUCUGUCAGUCUGGUGUUGGGACUCACGGUGAGGCUCUUGAUCCUUUAGAACAAGAACACCCGCCAUCAUCUCCUACACCAGAUCACAUUCCAGAGAUCACAGUUGCCUCACUGAAUGUGCGUACAGAGAGUUCUAGCCCUGAGACAUACAACCCUGCAAUCGAACACUGUGAUGAAGUUGAACAAGGGACACAGACUCACAUUCUCAGUUCCACUAUGGAUCCAGAAGUUUCAAAUAUUAGUACCGACAUUUCUGAUGCAUUGCACAAUGAACAGACCAAGCAGUCUGUUUCUCAAUCACUUACUAUGGAAAGCACAGAUACACCGGAAAAGACAGCACAGUAUGACGACUGUGAAUCCACCUUCAAACUUCCAUAUCACACAGAGGAGGCGAAUGUAAAACAGGGUGCCUCGAAACAGAAGAGAAAGAUGGGGUCAACCCGCAGGACAAAGAGAGAACAGAAAAGGGAAGAGACAAGUGAAGUCAUGAGUACAGAUGGAGACUAUGCCAAUGAGGACAUCAAUGUCAAAAUGAACACAGAUGCUGACAUCAACGUAGAUGCAGAAGAGGGAAUUUUAGAAGCCGACAUCAUAGAUGCCUUAAAGGAAAAUGAGCCUUCCACCACUCAGACAGACGUUGGGCUUCUCAAGAUGGCUUUGAGCUGUGUUGAACAGGACCGGUAUGUUGACUGCAGCCCGUCAGCUGAAGUGAUGUCAUCAUCUGUCCCACAAUGCAAUCCACUGGAGGAUGGGCAAAAACAAGACAACCAACAUCAGUGCCUUGAUAUUACUGCACAACAAUUAGAUGGUAAUGAUGCCACAAAUCUAGAGGCUGACAAUGAGAUAUCUAUAUUGGGAAAGGAAACAUCAGAGGGCCUCACAACAAGCGAAGCAGAGCCUUUUAAUGAAGCUUUCAUGAGUAAAGAUGUUGACCAGCUCAUAAAGCAUGAGGAGGAAAAGGCAGAAAAGAGUCUGGAGUCCCUUGGUGACCAGAACAAGGAAGACAGUAUAAGCCUGAGGGUAUCAGAACAGGCAGAAGCUGUGAAUCGGUUAUCAUCUCCUACAGAAGUUCACAGUCCAGAUUGUGCAGGCAUCACAGUUGAGGAUGUACGUGCCAGUGAGAAAACAGAGUCUUUCUUCUGUCAGUCUGGUGUUGGGACUCACGGUGAGGCUCUUGAUCCUUUAGAACAAGAACACCCGCCAUCAUCUCCUACACCAGAUCACAUUCCAGAGAUCGCAGUUGCCUCACUGAAUGUGCGUACAGAGAGUUCUAGCCCCGAGACAUACAACCCUGAAAUCCAACACUGUGAUGAAGUUGAAAAAGGGACACAGGCUCACAUUCUCAGUUCCUCUAUGGAACCAGAAGUUUCAAAUAUUAGUACCGACAUUUCUGAUGCAUUGCACAAUGAACAGACCGUACAGUCUGUUUCUCAAUCACUUACUAUGGAAAGCACAGAUACAUCGGAAAAAACAGCACAGUAUGACGACUGUGAAUCCACCUUCAAACUUCCAUAUCACACAGAAGAGGCGAAUGUAAAACAGGGUGCCUCGAAACAGAAGAGAAAGAUGGGGUCAACCCGCAGGACAAAGAGAGAACAGAAAAGGGAAGAGACAAGUGAAGUCAUGAGUAGAGAUGGAGACUAUGCCAAUGAGGACAUCAAUAUCAAAAUGAACACAGAUGCUGACAUCAACAUAGAUGCAGAAGAGGGAAUUUUAGAAGCCGGCAUCAUAGAUGCCAGUGAGAAAACAGAGUCUUUCUUCUGUCAGUCUGGUGUUGGGACUCACAGUGAGGCUCUUGAUCCUUUAGAACAAGAACACCCGCCAUCAUCUCCUACACCAGAUCACAUUCCAGAGAUCGCAGUUGCCUCACUAGAUGUGCAUACAGAGAGUUCUAGCCCCGAGACAUACAACCCUGAAAUCGAACACUGUGAUGAAGUUGAACAAGGGACACAGGCUCACAUUCUCAGUUCCACCAUGGAACCGGAAGUAUCAAAUGUUAGUACCGACAUUUCUGAUGCAUUGCACAAUGAACAGACCAAGCAGUCUGUUUCUCAAUCACUUACUAUGGAAAGCACAGAUACACCGGAAAAGACAGCACAGUAUGACGACUGUGAAUCCACCUUCAAACUUCCAUAUCACACAGAGGAGGCGAAUGUAAAACAGGGUGCCUCGAAACAGAAGAGAAAGAUGGGGUCAACCCGCAGGACAAAGAGAGAACAGAAAAGGGAAGAGACAAGUGAAGUCAUGAGUACAGAUGGAGACUAUGCCAAUGAGGACAUCAAUGUCAAAAUGAACACAGAUGCUGACAUCAACGUAGAUGCAGAAGAGGGAAUUUUAGAAGCCGACAUCAUAGAUGCCAGUGAAAAAACAGAGUCUUUCUUCUGUCAGUCUGGUGUUGGGACUCACGGUGAGGCUCUUGAUCCUUUAGAACAAGAACACCCGCCAUCAUCUCCUACACCAGAUCACAUUCCAGAGAUCACAGUUGCCCCACUGAAUGUGCAUACAGAGAGUUCUAGCCCUGAGACAUACAACCCUGAAAUCGAACACUGUGAUGAAGUUGAACAAGGGACACAUGCUCACAUUCUCAGUUCCACUAUGGAUCCAAAUAAUGGUGCAGAGGCUUCAGAAUUAGUGCAAGAUGGAUGGACCCAGCAAUCUGAUCACUGCGAAUCCUCCCUCAGACUUCAACAUCAUGAGAAAGAGGGGAGUUUAAAACAGAGUGCGUCAAGGCAGAAGAGAAAGAUGGGGUCAACUCGUAGACAAAAAAGAGAAACCAAUGAAGUAAAUUUGGAUGAAGAAACAAAAUCUUCACAUGAAACUGGGGAGAUGACUGAGACUGAGAUUGAAGUGCAGCAGGAAGAAAAUAUCCAAUCAGAGCAAAUAUCAUCUAGAGAAAAAAUACAUUCAGCUGGUGUAAACACAAUUCCAAUGUCCAUAGGACAAAUUGAGAUUUCCGAGUCAAGUGGGUCCACAGCAGCUGAGGAAACAAGCUACAGCCAACUCUCUCAUGAGGACAGUCAGAAGGAACCCAAAUCCAUGCUUCAGAAAAGAAAGAUGGGCUCUUCUCGUAGAGGUCAAGGUCUGGGAAAUAGAGGGAAAGGAGAAGCAGAACAAGUAGAUGAGCACAUGGAUGACACAUCGAGACAAGAGAGUGGUGGGGCUCUUCUACAAAAUGAAGGGACCUCAAAAGAGAGCUGUUCAGGGUUACUGAAGAACACACAAGACCUGCCAGUAGAGGGUGAGCAGUUACUUGCUUCAGUUCAGUCAAGUGAGAGUCAUCUACAGCCUCUGGCUCAGGCAGAAAGGCCUGAUGAAUUAAUUGAUGAGAAAGUGCCUCCUGCAUCUGCUCAGAGCAAGCCAUCAGUCCUCAGUGUAUCCUCAUCACCCUCCUCUGAGUUUCAAGAGGAUAGCCAAAAUUCACCUCCUACAUCAGAAUCACCUAAAACAGAUCAAGAGAGAAGCGACAAUUACUUUGAUAGUAAAGAUGAAUUAAUUGAGAAAGAACAGUGCAUUUUGGCCUCAACUAUUACCACAACAGAGCAGCCACUCUUGGAGGAUAUAAUCCGCAAUGACAAUCAUUCAGCUCACGGAGACACCCAGGAUGACAAACCAGUGAGCAGUGGCACACCACCUGCUUAUUACCUCUCCAGUGAAAACAUUCUCAAUUUAACCCCACUGGAAAUGUCUGAUUCUUCAGAGGAGAGUAAGCCACAAAAGAAGAGGAUAGGAUCAAGUCGUAAAAUAUCCCAACGGCAGCGUAAGACGGGCAAGAAUGAGAGUCAUGGUGAGGAAGAUGUAAGGGAUGAGGAUUCAGAUUGUCUGACUAAUACAACUAAUCAACCAGUUCAGCUGGAGACUUGUGCUAUAGAUACAGAUAAUGAUAAAUGGACAGACAUCCAUCAGAGUGAAUGUUCAGAACCUGCCAGUGGACUCCAUAACCAACCUGAGGGCCAUCCAGUCACUGAAAUGUAUGAUCAGUCACCCUUAGGACAAAUUGAGAUUUCCGAGUCAUGUGGGUCCACAGCAGCUGAGGAAACAAGCUACAGCCAACUCUCUCAUGAUGACAGUCAGAAGGAACCCAAAUCCAUGCUUCAGAAAAGAAAGAUGGGCUCUUCUCGUAGAGGUCAAGGUCUGGGAAAUAGAGGGAAAGGAGAAGCAGAACAAGUAGAUGAGCACAUGGAUGACACAUCGAGACAAGAGAGGGGUGAUACAGCUCAUGGGGCUCUUCUACAAAAUGAAGGGACCUCAAAAGAGAGCUGUUCAGGGUUACUGAAGAACACACAAGACCUGCCAGUAGAGGGUGAGCAGUUACUUGCUUCAGUUCAGUCAAGUGAGAGUCAUCUACAGCCUCUGGCUCAGGCAGAAAGGCCUGAUGAAUUAAUUGAUGAGAGAGUGCCUCCUGCAUCUGCUCAGAGCAAGCCAUCAGUCCUCAGUGUAUCCUCAUCACCCUCCUCUGAGUUUCAAGAAUAUGGCCCAAACAAAGAUCCACAAACCAGCACAAAGAAAAGGAAAAUGGGGUCCACUCGUAAGAACAUGAGGAGACAAGGGGAAGAAGACAAGAGUGACCUCAAAGCAGUUCAUGGAAGUACACAAAGAUGGAAUGAUGACACUGUAUGGGACAGUACGAUUAGUGAUGUGGAAGAUCUGCCAACUGGGCCAACGGAGACAGCCACAAUCCAGAAAAUGACUGAAACUCAGGGGCAAGAGGACACCCUGCCACAUGACGAGAGUGCUGGACAUGGCUCCGCUGGUCAGAAGAAGAGUCCAGAGCGCACAAGGAGGAAGAUGGGUUCCAGGCAUGGUGGUCAGGGCUACAGAGGGAUAGGAGGCCUGGAGGAAUCUGAGGAUCAGCCUGUUUGCAAACACCAAGAGAAAGAUGGCAGCAUCUUGCAGGGCACACAGGAAAAUGUCCAUAGUGAGGGUGUGGAUGAACAAGGGCUUUCUAAGCUAACCUUUACUGGCGAUGAAGAAAGUCAGAAGGUGAAACAACCAAAUCCUUCAGGGGCAAGGAGCAAACUAGAUCUAGAGAGAAAGUAUGGACCAGGUGACACUCUUACUUCCCUGGAAGAGGCAGUUAUGUUUAAUAUAGUGAUGGUUGGAGAGAGUAGUGUGGGGAAGACAUCUUUUAUCCACCAAUUCCAGAAUGGACAGUUUUUUGACGAUCACUCUGCCACCAUUGGUGUUGAUACCUGCAUCCAGACAUUGGCUGUGGAUGGUAAAUUGGUAAAACUUCAGAUAUGGGACACUGCUGGUCAGGAGAGGUUUCAUAGCCUCACCCGCCAGGUGUUGCAUAAGGCCGAUGGACUUAUUGUGAUGUAUGACAUUUCAUCCUCUCAGACGUUUUGUGCUGUUCGCAAAUGGAUUUCCUGCAUUGAGGAAGGGGCUCGUAGUGAGGUCCUCAUCAUGCUUCUUGGCAACAAGAAUGACAGUGAAGAGCGGCAAGUUCUGCAUCCUGAAGGGGAGCGCUUGGCUCAGGAACAUAACUUCCAUUUCAUGGAAUGCAGCGCUGCCACAGGUCACAAUGUUCCACAGGCCAUGGAAGCUCUGGCCAGGUUAUUGAAGCAGACAGUGAAGGAGAGUGAUGAAGAACAUGUGACAUUGCACAAGAAGCCCCAACAGAAGAAGUCAGGUUGCUGCUGAGGUCUCACUCUUUCCAUCAUGUUUCCUAUUCAGUUUAUGUUAACAUAUAGAAACAUCAUUUGCAUACUUUCGCUUAUACAUUGUACAUACAUAUAACAUAAAUUCAAUUUCUUUAAAAUUAGACUUCUAAAUAAACAAUUUGCACGUAAAAAAAAAGCUCAGACACUUUACAUUAUUUCAGUCUUACAUACAAUAUUUCUUUUUUCCUUUUAUUGACAAUUUUCAGAAAUGUAAGUGUAUCUUCAGUUAAGCACAUUUUUACACAAAUAUUACAUUUUUAUGUACAAAAAUGUGUUACAGUUGUGUGACAGUAAACAAAGGACAAAUUAGAAAAUUUAAAAAUGACCUUUUUUUCCUUAGAGGAAUUCCAUUUCUUUGAGAAGGAACAUCUGGAAUAUAAUCUAUUCUACAGUGUUCCAUUAGUGUUCAGGUUGCCAAACAAAUAGGAAGAUGAGCAGCACAAGACUGAGAAAAAGUGCAAAUACAAUGAAGAACACCUCAGCAGCCCACUGACUGCGCUGCACGCCUGUAACCACCAGGGGGUGUCUGGGGGCUAUCAGAUUAGUCAGGUUCAGCAUGUAGCCCAGAGUCCAGCCAAUGUCUGUGUCAGCAACCUGCGGAAUGCCAAGGACACAUCUCACAAAAAUAAUGAUGCCUAUUGAUCAGACUGUUACAGACAUUGUAGUGCAUUCAUAACACGUUGGAUUAAUAACACACGUGAAUUCGUAGAAGAAGGAAUCAAAGACCCACAUUUUGACUGUCAAAUGUUUUUGUAUUUUAACUUUACCCGUUGUCUUGCUUGAUCAUAUUUAUUAAUAUCAUUUAUUCCCCUAGACAUGAAUAUAUUUUAAUGCCUGAUAUAUUUAAUAAACUUUUUUUGCAUUUUC